AUUAGAACUGGUGGAGGAUGUCUGGAGAGGGGAAGCACAGGACCUUCUUACCCAAAUUGCACAGCUGCAGGAGGAGAAUAAACAACUGAUGACAAACUUGUCUCACAAAGACAUUAAUUUCACAGAAGAGGAAUUUCACAAGCAUGAAGGAAUGUCAGAGAGAGAGCGGCAAGUCAUGAAGAAGCUGAAGGAAGUGGUAGAUAAACAGAGGGAUGAAAUCAGAGCAAAGGAUCGGGAACUUGGACUUAAAAAUGAGGAUGUAGAGGCUCUUCAACAACAACAGAACAGGUUAAUGAAAAUUAACCAUGACUUGCGGCACCGGAUCACCGUUGUUGAGGCUCAGGGGAAGGCGUUGAUUGAGCAGAAGGUGGAGUUAGAAGCCUAUCUGCAAACCAAGGAGCAGGAGAUGGGCAGCCUGCGAGCAGAGCUGGGGAAACUGAGGGAAAAACUGCAGGGUGAGGACAGCCAAAAUGGGGAGGAAGUAAAGGUAGAACCCAACAAUGAUGACUGCCUCUCAGAGUCAGAAAAGAUGGCAAUGGACUUAAAAGAUCCAAAUCGUCCAAGAUUCACCUUGCAGGAGCUCCGGGAUGUCCUUCACGAGAGAAAUGAGUUGAAAUCUAAAGUGUUUUUACUUCAAGAGGAGCUUUUAUAUUACAAAAGUGAGGAAACAGAAGAAGAAACUAGAUCACCUCAACCUACACCCAUAAUUCAGUCAAAACCCUCAACUCAGCCUGAAUCUGGAAUCAAACGACUGAUCUUUACAGCCAUAAUGCCCAUGGUAGCAGCUGGAUUGAUUCCAGACGAUCCCACAUUGCAGCCAAUAAGAAGACUUGUGUCCCUUGUUUAGUUUCUUCUCUCGUGAUAAGAAACGUAUGCAGGCAUCACAGAAAAACGUCCACUUCCAGGAUACUUUUGGAGAAUGGUCAAAUUCAAAUAAAGAUGACUCCUACACCGAACAAGGACAAGAAGCCCUGCAGCACCUGUGACUAAAACCCUGAGGUGUUCGAUUUACCCCAUAGAUCUCGACAGUCUAGUAACAAGAAGCUUCUGUAAACAAAUCCGGCAGCUCAUCACUUUUAUUUGCCUUGCACACCUCCGUGGUUGUGUUUCAGAUAUACUCUUCAGAAGGGAUCCCUCACUGUUUACUUGGUACCUGUUUGCUGAAAACAGAAUCCAAGCCUUGUAGUAACAGUCGCUGAUACCCUGGGACAUCGAAGCUUCUAGAUGACUUGUUUUGUGCUGAAUAACAAGUCUAUGGUCUUGUUCAUGCAUUAACUACAGUAACACAAGCUUCUUUAAACCAAAAAAAGGACCUGUGCCAUUAUUAGAAGUUUGUUUGCAGUGUACAAUAUCUAGUGGCAAAGACUCUUUUACCCUGUUUGUUAACACUAUCGGUUGUUUGCUUUUUAUUUCUGUAAGAAUUUUUUUCAAGAGAGAUACAACAGCUGGCCACGCUCCACGGCAGGUCUUAGCGCUGCUGUGUCCUGUCAAGUUUAGCUGGCAUCUGCAUUUUGCAGAGUAACCACCUGGAAAUCCACCUGAUAGAAAUUGAUAAACUGGAGUAGCCUUGAGAGGGAUAGUGAGUGUACAUUUCCCUUGCUGCUUAUAGUGCCUAAAGCGUGAAGAAACCGAUGUGUGAGGUGAGCGUGCCUUGUGUUUUGCCAGCCGUGCAGUAUUAACGGAAGACAAAUUGCUCGCAAGGAGGAAUUGUAAGACUUGAAUUUUUUCCUUCUUACCAGGGACAUCCCCCUGGAGUAGCCAACAGCUGCUGUAAAGGAAUUCGGUCUCUUUUCCACAGACAGGUUUCUAAUUAAGUCACACUCCCACUUUUCUGUCUAGAUAAGCCUGCCUAACCUCACAUCCUCAACUAGCUCACAUGAACUAUUUUAACUGACUUAAGAGAUGAACCCCAACUCGAAACAUUUUCUCUGACUAAACACUACUUGGGCAGAGCGGAUGAAUUCUCCAUGUGCAGGCUGCUUCCAGGGCUGUUGGUGAAUGUUUGGGUAGCCCUGCAGUUACUUGCCAGCAAAAGCCCAGCACAGCUGAACUGCCAGAGGGUGGGAUUUAGAUCCGCUUUGCAAUUCAGCUUGUGAGACCUCAGUUGUGCUCACAAACCCCACAACACUAAAGCCCCCGUGCAGCCCGGUGUGGGUGCACACCCUGCCCCUCUGUGAAGGCGCCUGGCCAGGCAGGAGCAUCCGUGGCUCCGUGCCAGGGAGGUGCUGACACCUUUCUGUGUGCUGGGAGAGCCCGCGGGAGCACAGUGCUCCUGCUGAGGAGCAUCUAGUUACAGCGAGGCCAAGGGCAACUGCUGCACGUGUAGCUUAGUGCUGUGAGCUGCUCAUGGCACCUUACCCCCAGUAACUCCACCUGCUCGGUGCAGAGCCUCUUCUCAGGAGCAGCACUAAGAGCAGAGGAUGCUCAGGCUGGAGUAAAACUCCACCUACUCCAGGUACUGAAUGGCGGAGGAAGUCUUGAAGAGGGUUUAGUGCAGGCCAGUUGUUUAAUACAGGGUAGUCCAAGACUCUGGAUUCUUUAAUGCGCGUGGGCAGCAAGUGGUUCUUAGCCUAUCUAUAAUGAAGCUGCCAAAAAACUUAUUUUUGCAGCGGUGGGCUGAAAGCUGCUCUGCUCCUGCCUGUGACUGCUGCAUUUUGAACACGGACCUUCCGCACGUUCAAGGUAGAGAAAGUGUUUACUGUGCCUCCCUGGUGUCACUGCAGUUCGGGGCAGGGAGGAAAUGUGGCCUUAUAUGAAAGACAUCUGCGUUUGAAAUAGCGGUGGUAGCGUCUGAUGCUAGGAUGAGGCAGAUAUGCUUUUGCCUGGUUACGUUUUGGUAACAUAUCUUAAGUUUUAUGCUUACAGAAAGCUGCAUCCAUAAAGCAGGAGCACUUCCCCGCCUUGUGUGAAAGGCAGUUCUUCAAUGGGGGGAUUGUCUUAAUUUAAUGAUACUUAAGUUGCUAAGAUCUCGAUUUCACUUGCAUAUUAGGAAAAAUAAAAGUACACUACAGUUGUAUCAGGCAGUUAAAUUGCGAACGAUGCCCGUCGAGUCUCUCCCUAGCCUGGUUUACAGUCGUUUGUCACAUUUAGGAGAGAUGCACUGAUCAGAAACAAUGCAAGAAUGCAGCGGCUGCACGGCCUGAAUAAGCACAUCACUUCUGAAAUCAGCUGAGAGCAAUGAACUGGGAUAAUAGAAAUACUGAACUGUUUUUUCCCAGCACCUAAGCUGCUGUAUUACAUAGGACAUCUGGCCCAGUGCACGUAAAGCUCAUCCCCUACACCAGUGCACUAUUGUUGGGUUAAAUCUGCAGCCAAUUUCAAACAAUGGCACUAAGCAGUACAACCUUCCCCCACUCAUCUCUGUAGCCCAUUACCUCAAAAAUCUAAUUAGUUACUCCUGACCUGCUGGCAUUAACCACUUCGCUCCUCGUUCUCAUGUUUGAAAUGCUGAGUUUAGACACUCCAAGUGCCACAGAGUAGAAACAAGAGUAUGUAAAGAUUUGAAGAUCUGUCUUGUAUCGUUUCUCAGUAUUCCAAGGAAAAUCUCCUUUUAGAAAAGGGGCCGGGAUGUUGUCAGGUAAGGGGUGUAACAAUCCUGUCUGCAAAGUGCAGGAUCACUCAAGUUUUUUGGGUUGGUUUUUUUUUUUUUUUCGGUUGGGCAGUAAAUCAUUUUAACAGUUUAAUAAAUAUUUCUGAAAAA